AUGGGAUUGGGAAUGGAGACGUCGAAUGACAAUUGCUUAUGUAGUUUGUCUUGUUGCCUAUUGGUUAAUACUUCGAAGGAGGCCUCAAAGGAGACAAAUUGCAUUGGGGCAAUUGAUGGAACGCACAUUCGGGCAAAAGUUCCUAUUGAAGAUGCACCAAGAUAUCGUGGUAGAAAGGACUACCCAACACAAAAUGUGCUAGCGGCAUGUACAUUUGAUUUAAAAUUUACAUAUGUUUUGCCUGGAUGGGAAGGAACUGCGUCAGACUCAAGAAUUUUAAAAAAUGCAUUAAGUAGACGAGAUAAGCUAAAAGUCCCCCAAGGCAAAUAUUACCUUGUUGAUGCUGGAUUCAUGUUGAGGAGCACGCUUCUUGCACCUUAUAGAGGAGUUCGUUAUCACUUAAAAGAGUAUUCAAGAAAUCCACCACAAAAUGCUAAAGAGUUAUUCAACCUUCAACAUGCAUCGUUACGCAAUGCGAUUGAAAGAGCAUUUGGAGUCUUGAAGAAAAGAUUUCCUAUAAUAGCAAGCUCAAAUGAACCAUCUUAUGGAGUUCCAACCCAGAAAAAAAUAAUUUUAGCAUGUUGCAUUUUGCACAAUUACUUGAUUGGUGCAGAUCCGGAUGAUAGAAUUCUUCGUGAGGUGGAUGAAGAAAUUUUAAACAAUCCUGAACCCCAUGAACAGCUUGGUGUGCAAAGAGAGAGAAAUAAUGAUGAUGUUGCCCAAGGAGAGAUUUUAAGAAACUUAAUAGCAACUGAUAUGUGGAGGGAUUAUACAUCCAAUCCAACUUGAUGUU